AUGUUCAAAAACUUAGCUCAUACUGGAAAGUUUGCCCUCAAUAGGGCCCUCACGAGAAGGUCAGCACCUUCCAUGUUGAAAAGCGGAGAACUAAUCAGAUCUUUCCAAAGUUCAGCAGUUAGUUUUCAUGGCCAUAUUAAGAAACCUAAACCUGGUGAGGAAUUGCAUAUUACUUUUAUCACCAAGGAAGGGGAAAUGAAAACGUUUGAAGUCGCUGAAGGGGAUAACUUAUUGGAUAUUGCACAAGCCAAUCAUUUGGAUGUUGAAGGAGCUUGUGGUGGCUCUUGUGCAUGUUCCACCUGCCAUAUGAUCAUAGAUCCCGCAUAUUACGAUAAGAUUCCUGAACCUGACGAUGAUGAAAAUGAUAUGUUGGAUCUAGCUUUCGAUUUAACAGAAACCUCUAGAUUGGGCUGUCAAGUAGUCAUGACCAAAGAUCUAGAUGGUAUCAGAAUUGCCUUACCUACAAUGACUCGUAAUCUGAUCAAUAAAGACAUGAACUAA